AUGCUAGAGAGUUUCAAGGCCAAGUUCGGUUUGUGUCUCGAUGAUAAACAACUAAAAAACAAAAUUACGACCAUGGUAUCAUGCUGGGAAUCCGCCCACAAACUUUACAAUCAAACUGGCAAUGGCGAUACACCAAAAGCAACGCUAAAAGAGAGAAUCCUGAAGAUAUGCCAUUAUUACGAUAUCCUUUAUCCUGUAGCCACGACAUCCAUCAAACUAAAUCCUCCUCCGGUUUGUGAACUCACUACAAACCUAUGUUCUAAAAGGACUGUAGCCGUGGGCGAUACAGACGAUGAUCGUGAGAGCGACAAGGAUGAUGACGAGUAUAUCAACGAGGGAAAGCCAUGGGCAUCAAAUAAGAAAAAGCAAAAGCGCGGAGGAAAUGGGAUUGAAAUGAUUGAAUUUAUGCAAAAAUUGGUUGAAAAGUCUGAGCAGCAACAAAACAAAAUUGGAAUUGAAGCAGCAAGCAUCAGCAUAAGAGAAGAAGGCAUCAGCAAAAGCGAAGAAGGCAGAGGCAGAGGCGAAGAAAGCAAAAGCAGAAGCAGAGUUAGCAAUAUUACAAAUCGAGGCGAUGAAGGCUACGUUGUUGCGAAAGGCUAA